AGCAGUCAGUAAUGGCAUUGGAUGCGACUCGCGCGGCGUCGGUGCGUCAGUGAGACACGCCCCUGGAGCGUGCAGCAGUCGUUUGGGACGUGUUUUUGCCGGAGUCCGGGGUAUCGCUGUUCCUGCCGGGGCGCUGUGACAUCACGUGAGGCGGGGAGGGCGACGUAUAACACGCCGGCUGGUGUGGCGGAUAAGGGAGGCGGAGCUGCCACUGCCGCCGAAUAGAGCAGUGACUGGCGGGGAAGAUGUUGGUUGAUUCUGCUGUGCCAGAAAGGGGCAAACCUAUUGAGCGAGAUAGGCAGCUUGAAGUAUAGCUCCAGACAUGGAUGAACAAGCCUUGCUUGGACUUAAUCCAAAUGCCAAUGCUGACUACAGAGAGCGAGCAUUGGCUUAUUUUGAACAAUUGAAAGUUUCACGUGAUGCAUGGCAGGUCUGUGCUGAAGCACUAGCCCAGCGUAUAUAUAGUGAUGAUCACGUCAAAUUCUUCUGCUUUCAAGUUCUUGAACACCAAAUUAAAUUCAAGUAUUCUGAAUUGACUCCACUUCAACAGCAACUAAUAAGGGAAACUUUAAUCACAUGGCUUCAAGCUCAGAUGCUUAAUGCACAACCGGAGAAAACGUUUAUCCGUAACAAAGCUGCACAAGUGUUUGCCCUGGUUUUUGUUACAGAGUACCUCACAACGUGGCAUAAAUUCUUCUUUGAUAUUUUGUCUUUUGUGGGUCUUAACCCCCGUGGAGUUGACCUGUACCUCAGAGUCCUCAUGGCUGUUGAUGCAGAGGUAGUAGAUCGUGAUGUCAUUCAUACUCCAGAGGAAGCCCGCAGGAAUACAUUAUUGAAGGAUACAAUGCGAGAACAGUGUAUCCCAAGCUUAGUGGAAUCAUGGUACCAAAUUUUACACACUUACCAGCACACUAACUCUGAACUGACGUGCCAGUGCCUUGAGGUGAUUGGAGCUUAUGUCUCUUGGAUAGAUCUUACGUUGAUUGCGAACGACAGAUUCAUUAAUAUGCUGCUAGGUCACAUGUCAGUGGAAGUCCUCAGGGAGGAAGCAUGUGACUGCUUGUUUGAAAUUGUAAAUAAGGGAAUGGAUCCAAUUGACAAAACCAAAUUGGUGGAAUCGUUGUGUCAAGUGUUACAGUCUGCAGGAUUCUUCAGCAUUGAUCAGGAGGAAGAUGUGGAUUUCCUGGCCAGAUUCUCAAAGCUAGUGAAUGGAAUGGGACAGUCUCUGAUCAUUAGCUGGACUAAAUUAGUGAAAACUUGUGAUAUGAAGAGUGCCCAAGACACACUGCUGUCUAUUGAAUCGAAAGUGCCUCUGAUGUUGCAGUUGCUAGUCCAUGAAGAUGAUGAUAUCUCUUCUAAUAUCAUUGGAUUUUGUUACGAGUAUUUGCACAUCCUGAAACAGUUGGUUUUGCUUUCAGAGCAACAAAAGGCUAAUGUGGAGGCUAUAAUGCUCGCGGUGAUGAAGAAAUUAACAUAUGACGAAGAAUACAACUUUGAAAAUGAGGGUGAAGAUGAAGCAAUGUUUGUUGACUACAGAAAGCAGCUGAAAUUGUUGCUGGACCGACUUGCACAAGUAUCUCCGGAAUUAUUGUUGGCUUCUGUUCGCAGAGUUUUUAAUAGUACACUACAAAACUGGCAGACUGCUCCUUUCAUGGAUGUAGAGGUUGCCAUCCGAUUACUGUACAUGUUGGGCGAGGCUAUCCCGGCAUCCCAUGGAGCUCAUUUCUGUGGUGAUGCUGCUAAAGCAAGUGCUCUGCAGGAUAUGAUGAGAACGCUUGUGAGCUCUGGUGUGAGCGCCUACAAUCACACAUCCGUUACAUUAGAAUUUUUUGAAACUGUUGUUAGAUAUGAAAAGUACUUCUCGGUGGAGCCUAUGCACAUUCCUAAUGUUCUGAUGGUGUUUUUGGAUCACAGAGGCCUGCGCCACACUAGUCCUAAAGUCCGUAGUAGAGCAGCUUAUCUUUUUUCAAGAUUUGUGAAAUCUCUACAUAAACACAUGAAUGCAUUUGUAGAAGACAUUCUGAGUCGUAUUCAAGAUCUUUUGGAACUCUCUCCACCUGAAAAUGGCUUCCAGACAUUACUAAGCAGUGAUGACCAGCUCUUCAUAUAUGAGACUGCCGGUGUACUUAUUGUAAAUAGUGACUACCCAGCGGAAAGGAAACGUAUUCUAAUGCAGAAUCUGCUAAAUCCUUUGAUGGAAAAGUUCAAACUUCUGCUGGAAAAACUGGUAGUAGAGCAAGAUGAGGAGAGACAGACUGUGUUAGCAGAUUGCCUUAACCAUGCUGUUGGAUUUGCCAGCCGUACAAGUAAAGCUUUCAGCAACAAGCAGACAGUGAAACAGUGUGGCUGUUCAGAAGUCUAUUUGGACUGCUUACAAAGCUUUUUACCUGCUCUGAGUUGUCCUGUGCAAAAGGAAAUUCUCAGAGGAGGCGUUCGCACGUUCCUGCACCGUAUGAUCAUUUGCUUGGAGGAGGAAGUGCUUCCUUUCAUCCCUACGGCUUCAGAGCACAUGCUAAAAGACUGUGAAGCAAAGGACCUGCAAGAAUUCAUUCCUUUGAUUAACCAGAUUACUGCCAAAUUCAAGGCACAAGUGUCACCUUUCCUGCAGCAAGUUUUCAUGCCACUUCUACAUGCUAUAUUUGAGGUGUUAGUUCGCCCAUCAGAAGAAAAUGACCAGUCUGCUGCUUUAGAUAAGCAAAUGUUACGUAGAAGCUAUUUUGCCUUUCUCCAAACAGUUACUGGGAGUGGGAUGAAUGAGAUCGUAGCCAACCAGGGUGCUGAGAAUGUGGAGCGUGUGUUGUUCACAGUUAUUCAAGGCGCUGUAGAGUACCCUGAUCCAAUUGCUCAAAAAACCUGUUUCAUCAUCCUCUCAAAACUAGUAGACCUGUGGGCUGGAAAAGAUGGACUAGUUGGUUUUGCAGAUUUUGUCUACAAACAUAUUGUCCCAGCAUGCUUUAUAGCACCUCUUAAACCAACAUUUGACCUUGCAGAUGCUCAAACAAUAUUGGCUUUGUCAGAAUGUGCUGUGACUUUGAAAACUAUAUAUCUAAAAAGGGGACCAGAAUGCAUUCAGUAUCUGCAGCAAGAGUAUUUACCAUCUUUACAAGUAGCACCGGAAAUUAUCCAGGAGUUUUGUCAAGCUCUUCAGCAGCCUGAUGCUAAAGUGUUUAAAAAUUACUUAAAGGUUUUUUUUCAGCGAGCAAAGCCCUGAGGAAUGUACUGGAAUUCUUUUGCACACAAUGUCCAUACUCCGGAGUCAGUUGUUAAUUUAUGUAGAUUGCUUAUUUUGUACAUGCCUUUUAACUGAUGUUCUAUACAGAAGUCGCUUCUUGCCAUUCAAAAGUGAAUUAAUUUAUGGUCUUAGGAGCUGCAGACCCAUCUUACUCAUGCUGUUUCAUAAGUAUUGGAAAAUUACUGAGAGAAUAAGAGAAAAAUUCUCUCAUUCAAGCUUGCAUUCUGUACCUGGUUCUCCCAAUUUCUAUAUUUCAAUUUAUUUUAAUUUUGGACUUUGCAAACAAGUAUAAAAAUCAAUUGGGAGUAUCUCUAUGUCCUGUUUUUUUUUGUUUGUUUUUUUAAUUGAAGGAGCUUUAUUUUCUAAAUCUGAAUCUCCCGAAGGAUAUUGUGGACUAAUAAAGAAGAAAAACCUGCUGUCUGUUUUCUAGAUAGUUAUGGCACUUUGUUAGAACUGUAUUGAUAAGGAAACCCAUAUUGUGACAAUUUGCUGACACAAUCCAGUCACAUUAUUUUGUGGCGAUAUGAAGUGGACCCAAAUUAAAUGAAAAGCUUGAAUUAAUUCAAACAGUAUUUAUAGAGUGUAUUACAGAGAUUAAACUGUGUCCAUACUGAACAUACUGCUUCUUGGAAUGUCAGCAUUUUAUUGGAGCUGGUUCUACAAACUUUUUAUAAAAGGAAAAUAAUAAAUUUUAUCUAGUAAACUUUUGAAAA